AUGAAGGCGGGACGGGGAGGUAGCGGUGCCAAGAAGCCUGGCGCUACCGCCUCUGCUGACGGUCGCGGUCAACGGUCCAUUGCCUCUUUCUUCGGAGGCAAGGACCCAUCAGGACCAGCGGGGAAGGCUUUACCUGGGGGCGGCCAGAGAUCCAUCUCCUCGUUUUUCGGUGCAAAAGGAAAGGCUGCUGCUGCUGCCGCUGCUGAGGGUGGUGCGGGUAAAUCCGAGGUCGAGAGACCGAAUCCCAGUGCGGUGGAUAAAGCAAGCGAGGAGUUGAAGGAAACGGUAUUGAGGAAGAAGGAGCCUCUAGAGUCAGUAGCAGCAGCAGCAGAGGCUCCGGUGCCGACACAGACUAGUAAAAGGGCUGCUGAAAACGGGGAUGGAGCAGUGGCAACUGCAGGGAAAGAAGGCAUCCGCGCAGAGGAGGCAGUGGCGGAGGAGGCUUGGGGGGAAGAGAUGGCGGACGCGGAAGCAGUAGGGGGAAGGGAAGGCGGAGGGGGGAACCCAGGGGGAGGAGCGGGGGAAGCAGUGACUGGCGGAGCUGGCGCUAGGCGGUUGAAGCGGCUUAGAAAGACGCCUGUUGACGCAGCAGCAGAGACUGAGGAAGCCAAAACCGCCUUUGACGCCCUAAAGCAAGCAAAAGGUCGCACAGAAACGAAAACCAAGAGAAAAACCAGGGGGAAGGGGGCGGGGGCAGGAGGCGCAGGAGGAGGAGCAGGCGAUGGGUUGGUGGCGCUGGCAGCGAAGCUGGUGCAGUAUGAUCCGGUGGCGGCUGCCACGUGGAAGAGCGGCGAGAAAGUUCCUUUCCUCUACCUUGCCCAGGCAUUAGACAGAAUAUCCAUUGAAUCUGGACGGCUGGCGAUCACAGAGAUCAUGUGCAACGUGUUCCGCACAGUCAUGGCCACGUCACCAGACGAUCUGCUGCCCAUCGUGUACCUGGCGGCCAAUCGCGUCGCGCCACCUCACGAGGGUGUGGAGCUGGGGAUCGGCGAUGCGACUAUCAUCCGUGCUCUGGCUGAGGCGACCGGGAGGAAGGAGGCCGUGGUUAAGUCGGAGUAUAAGGAGUGUGGCGACCUGGGGCUGGUGGCGAAGGCCAGUCGCACCACGCAGCGCAUGAUGAUGCAGCCGGCGCCCCUCACGUGUCACAAGGUCUUUGAAGCCUUCCGAUUCAUCGCCAAGGAAUCGGGCAGUCAGAGUGUGGAGAAGAAGCGGGCGCGCAUAAAGCAGCUGCUGGUAUCGGCACGGCAGCAGGAGCCGCAGUCCAUAGCCCGCCUGCUGCAGGGCAAGAUGCGCAUCGGACCGGACUCACACCAAGAAGGAAGCCCCUCACCUAUGCAUUCCCCCGAACGCCCCCCACCCACCCGCCUCCUUCCCUGUGACCGCAGUCAGAGUGUGGAGAAGAAGCGGGCGCGGAUAAAGCAGCUGCUGGUAUCGGCACGGCAGCAGGAGCCGCAGUUCAUAGUGCGCCUGCUGCAGGGCAAGAUGCGCAUUGGGCUCGCAGAACAGACGGUGCUUGCCGCCCUGGCGCAGGCUGCUGUCAUGCACGAGGAUUUCCGAGAGGGCGCCGGUGGUGCUGCUGGUGGUGAUGGUGAUGGUGAUGGUGAUGGUGAUGUGGCAACUGGGGGAGGGGCCGAUAGGGAGACGGAGGGAGAGGGUGAGGUGAAAGCACCGGGGGAGGAAGUUCACCCUGAGCGCGCCGGUGGGGCCCAUGCUGGCCUGCUAAACCCCGUCCCUCAUGCGUCCUCCACUCCCCCAUCCCCCACUCCCCCAUCCCCCACUCCUCCCCACUCCCCCAUCCCCCACUCCUCCCCACUCCCCCAUCCCCCACUCCUCCCCACUCCCCCAUCCCCCACUCCUCCCCACUCCCCCAUCCCCCACUCCUCCCCACUCCCCCAUCCCCCACUUCUCCCCACUCCCCCAUCCCCCACUCCUCCCCACUCCCCCAUCCCCCACUUUUCCCCACUCCCCCAUCCCCCACUCCUCCCCACUCCCCCAUCCCCCACUCCUCCCCACUCCCCCAUCCCCCACUCCUCCCCACUCCCCCAUCCCCCACUCCUCCCCACUCCCCCAUCCCCCACUCCUCCCCACUCCCCCAUCCCCCACUCCUCCCCACUCCCCCAUCCCCCACUCCUCCCCACUCCCCCAUCCCCCACUCCUCUCCACUUCCCCAUCCCCCACCCUCCAGGCAGUGCGCAUCAUGAAGCAUGCGCAGUGCGCAUCAUGAAGCAUGCGUACUCAGUCCUCCCCGUCUACGACCAAGCAGUGCGCAUCAUGAAGCAUGCGUACUCAGUCCUCCCCGUCUACGACCAAGCAGUGCGCAUCAUGAAGCAUGCGUACUCAGUCCUCCCCGUCUACGACCAAGCAGUGCGUAUCAUGAAGCAUGCGUACUCAGUCCUCCCCGUCUACGACCAGGUCGUCCCUUCCCUCUUGAAAGACGGCAUCUGGGCCGUGCCUGAAGCAUGCCAGUUCACCCUGGGAGUGCCGGUGGGGCCCAUGCUGGCCAAGCCCACGAAAGGCAUAUCGGAGAUAUUGGAUAAGCUCCAGGGACUGACGUUCACGUGCGAGUACAAGUACGACGGGGAACGCACACAGGUGAGACACGUGAGAUGGGUGAGUUUUCUCUUCCUCCUUCAAGGCAGCAUAUGGGCUGUCCCCCAAUCAUGCCAGUUCACUCCGGGAGUGCCGGUGGGGCCCAUGCUGGCCAAGCCCACGCAGGGGAUAUCGGAGAUUCUGGACAAGCUUCAAGGGCUCACGUUCACGUGCGAGUAUAAGUACGACGGGGAAAGGACGCAGGUGCAUGGCUUGGCGGACGGCACAGUGCAGAUCUACAGCCGCAAUGCGGAGUGCACCACGGGCAAGUUCCCAGACCUCGUGCAGGCCGUGCAAAAGCACAAGAAGGCCCAUGUGGAGACGUUUGUGUUGGAUGCAGAGGCAGUGGCAUAUGACAGGGAGAGCGAUAAGAUCCUGCCCUUCCAGGUGCUCACGUCUCCUCCGUUUCCCCUCUCCUUAACUUGCAGGCACAAGAAAAGUCACGUCGAGACGUUUGUGCUGGACGCAGAAGCGGUGGCAUACGACAGGGAGAGCGACAAGAUCCUGCCCUUCCAGGUGCUCAGCACACGCGCGCGGAAGGGCGUCAUUAUGAGCGACAUUAAAGUGCAGGUGGGUCACAACGGGCGAGUUGUUGCCUUCCAGGUGCUCAGCACACGCGCAAGGAAGGGCGUCACUAUGAGCGACAUUAAAGUGCAGGUGGGUGCGGGGGUGUGUGGUUGGGCGCGGGAGUGGGGGGUGGGGGUGUGUGUGGGCACGGGCGAGGAAGGGUGUCACCGUGUGCAUGUGUGCAUGUUCGCAUUCGAUCUGCUCUACCUCAACGGCCAGCAGCCAAAGAGACGUUGUUUUGACAACUCAACCCCCAAUUCCCCCCUUCUCCUUUCCCUCCACCAGGUGUGCAUGUUUGCAUUCGACCUGCUCUACCUCAACGGCCAGCAGCUGCUCACAGAGAAGCUCGUGCGCCGGAGGGAGCUGCUGCUGGAGUCGUUUGAGCCGGCCAAGGGCGAGUUCCAGUUCGCCACGGCCAUCACGACCAGCAAGGAGGAGGAGCUGCAGGUGUUCUUCGACGACGCCGUCAACCACAGGUGGGGGGGGGGGGGGUUUCCUUCCGCCCAGUUCGCCACGGCCAUCACCACCAGCAAGGAGGAGGAGGAGCUGCAGACAUUCUUUGACGACGCCGUCAACCACAGCUGCGAGGGCGCCAUGGUGAAGACCCUGGAUGUGGAUGGGACGUUACGAGCUAUGUCUUGCUGUGAGGGUGCCAUGGUGAAGACACUGGACGUCGAUGCGACAUACGAGCCGGCCAAGAGGAGCAACAACUGGCUCAAGCUCAAGAAGGACUACAUGGAAGGGUUCGUUCCACAUGGUGUGGUGGCUUGUGAUCCUUCACUCUCUUCCCUAACUCCGUUCUCACCCUUACUCUCCUCCCUAACUCCGUUCUCACCCUUUCUCUCCUCCCUAACUCCGUUCUCACCCUUUCUCUCCUCCCUAACUCCGUUCUCACCCUUUCUCUCCUCCCUCACUCCGUUCUCACCCUUUCUCUCCUCCCUCACUCCGUUCUCACCCUUUCUCUCCUCCCUAACUCCGUUCUCACCCUUUCUCUCCUCCCUAACUCCGUUCUCACCCUUUCUCUCCUCCCUCACUCCGUUCUCACCCUUUCUCUCCUCCCUCACUCUGUACCCUGCAUGCAUCCACCAGGCUGGGCUGGGCGACUCCUUGGACCUGGUCCCCAUUGGAGCCUUCCACGGCCGUGGCAAGCGAACAGGUGUGUUUGGAGCCUUCCUCCUGGCGUGCUACGACCCGGACACGGAGGAGUACCAGUCCAUCUGCAAGAUCGGCACCGGCUUCUCUGAAGCAGCGCUGGAGGAGCGAUCUGCGUCGCUGCGCAAGCGAGUCAUUGACAAGCCGCCCGUGAGUGCAGUGCCCUACUACCGCUAUGGGGAGACGCUAGGAGUGGAAGUGUGGUUCGAGCCGUCAGAGGUGUGGGAGGUGCGGGCGGCGGAUUUGUCCAUUAGUCCCGUGCACCUGGCGGCAGCAGGGCACGUGAAUGAGACGAAAGGGAUCGCUCUGCGCUUCCCCCGGUUCCUGAAGCUGCGAGAUGAUAAGAGCGCAGAGCAGGCUACCUCCAGUGAACAGGUGAGCAAGGAAGGGGGAGGAGGGGGGUUGAAGAGUGGGGGAAGAGUGGAUGUGCACUUCUAG